AUGCUAUCAUCUACAUCAACCAGUACCACAAACCCCGUUGAAUCCUCUUCUUUCAGGGUCACAUCCAAAAAGCCGCAGAAUGUGGAGGUCAAGGCUGACGGCCAGAACAUCGUUUUUGGAGACGUCAAGCAUCCUUAUCGGAUUCCCGUGAUCAAAGAUAAGCUCAAACAAAGGGAAUGGAUGCUCAACGAAAUGGCGGGAGCCUUCAGAAUCUUUGGAAGAGCAGGCUUCAAUGAGGGUUCGGCUGGCCAUAUUUCGGUUAGGGACCCAGUUGAUCCAGAUACGUUUUGGAUCAAUCCCCUUGCAGUUCAUUUCUCACUAUUAAGACCUGAGGAUAUGGUUCAUGUGGAUAAGAAUGGAACUUAUAUUGGUGGAAAUAGAACCACAAUCAAUCGUGCAGGAUUCAGAAUCCAUUCAGCCAUUCAUGAGGCCAGACCAGAUGUCAAUUGCGCGUGUCACGUUCACUCUGUUGCUGGAAAAGCGUUUUCUGCUCUUGGUAGACCACUGGACAUCCUGAAUCAAGAUGCAUGUUUUUUCUACAAUAACCAGAGCCUUUAUUCAAGUUUUGGUGGAGUUGUUCUGGAUAAUGUGGAGGGCGUGGAAAUAGCAAAAGCUCUAGGUCCCACCAACAGAACCAUUAUUCUUCAAAAUCAUGGAUUGCUUACGUGUGGAUCCAAUGUUGGUGAAGCUUGCUACUUGAUGACUAUUAUGGAGAAGUCAUGUGAUAUCCAACUUAGAAUUGACGCUGUACAAGCCUCUGGUAAGUACAACCGGAUCCUUAUUGGUGAUGAUGAGGCGCGGUUCACUUAUGAGAUGGUUGGUGAUCCUUCGACUCUUCAUAGUGCAUUCUGCAGUGAAUACGAGUAUGAGGUCAGGCUCUCUAAUGGCGAACUGAAGUCUAUCGCGGAAUUUCAUGAGGAUUGA